ACCUUUUGCAUUUACACAGACACCACUCACAACCAGCAUCGCAUUUACUCAUGGAGGAAGUCACCUUCACCACCGAUAGGCGAACUACACAGCACACUCCGCUUUACUAUGGGACGCUGCUAAGUCCUCCCAACGUCUCCUACCAUUACAACCCCGAGGUUACCCGCUACCACUAUGGGCCUCAUCAUCCUAUGAAACCUUUCAGACUUCUUCUAACUGACCAUUUGGUUAUUUCCUACAAGCUAUACGAGCAGAUGGAUCUCUACACCCCGCGUCGGGCCACCAAAGAUGAGCUUCUUCAGUUUCAUUCCGAGGACUAUGUCAAUUUUCUCGAAAGUGUCACACCCCAAGCUACCGGGAAGCUUGCGGAGAAAACUCUUGCCCAGUUUAAUAUCGGAGAGGACUGUCCUGUUUUCGAUGGGAUGUAUGACUACUCAGCCAUCUACGCGGGUGCCUCGCUUGAUGCCACGCGCAAGUUGAUUAGUGGCCAGUCUGAUAUCGCCAUCAACUGGUCGGGUGGAUUGCACCAUGCCAAAAAGUUUGAGCCCAGCGGGUUCUGCUACGUUAAUGAUAUUGUAUUGAGCAUCAUGAACCUUCUACGGGUGCACCCGCGGGUGAUGUAUAUCGAUAUUGACCUCCACCACGGUGAUGGGGUACAAGAGGCCUUUUACACCAGUGACCGGGUCAUGACCGUCUCAUUCCACAAGUACAACGGGGAGUUCUUCCCCGGAACCGGGGCCAUGGACGAGCGUGGCAUAGGUCGAGGCAAGAACUACGCCAUCAACGUGCCGUUGAAGGACGGUAUUGACGACGACUCUUACAUCCGGCUUUUUAAGCUGAUCAUGGAACCUUUGAUCACCAAAUUCCAGCCAACAGCCAUCGUACAACAGUGUGGGGCUGACUCGCUUGGGUUCGACCGCUUGGGGUGUUUCAACUUGAACAUCCGAGCCCAUGGUGAGUGUGUCAAGUUCAUCAAAUCGUUUGGCCUUCCUCUCUUGGUGCUCGGCGGUGGAGGGUAUACCCCACGGAAUGUGUCGAGACUUUGGUGCUACGAAACGUCCAUUUUGAACGAUGUAUCGUUGGACGACAAGAUCCCCAACUAUUUGCCCACGUACGACUGGUUUGCUCCAGAUUACUCGCUCCACCCGCAGUUGGAUGGUCGCAUCGAUAAUAAAAACAGUAAAAAGUAUAUCGAGUGCGUGAAACAAGAGGUGUUGGAGCAGCUCCGGUUCUUGAACCACGCCCCGUCGGUGCAGAUGAGUGAUAUUCCACCCGAUUUGACGGGGUUGACGGAGGAGGAGGAAGAUGCUAUUAGGGACUUGAAUGAGGAGCAGGAGACCGACAGAGAGAUGCGGAACGUGAAGGACGAGGCCCGCGUGGGGGAAAUGGUGGCCACAUGAUGUCCAACUUCACCGUGUUCCCCCACUCGCUUGUACAGUACUUGUAUAAUAAAUGUAUAACACUAUGAGGUCAGAGUGCUGAGUUUUACGCGUGCGUGUGCCUUCUGAGGGUGCGUCCAGGCGUACACAUCAGACCCGUGCCUUC